AUGCCGGGAAAAACAGCGGCCACGCCGCGCAUCACCAAAUUCACCAACUGUCGACUGGUGCGCGGCUCCAGUCUCAUCGAGCAAGACCUCUGGAUUGACUCGCUCACGGGCAAGAUCCUCAAAGAUCAGGAGGCAUUCUAUGAAUUGCAUUUGUCUCCCGAUGAGAUCAUCGAUCUGGGUGGCCGUAUCAUCGCCCCGGGAAUGAUUGAUGUCCAACUGAACGGCGCUCACGGCUUCGACUUCUCAGUACCCGCCGAAUCCAAGGAGGAAUAUGAUGAGGGUCUCCGCAUGGUGAACAAAGGGCUGGCUCGGACCGGUGUGACCUCAUACCUCCCCACAGUCGUCAGCUCCACGGCCGAAGUAUACCACAAGGUCCUUCCCUCCCUCGGCCCAACAGCCAAAGUGCACCAGCCUGAAGAUGGCGCCGAGUCUCUCGGUGCCCAUGCCGAAGGUCCCUUCAUCAGCCCAGGCCGCAACGGUAUCCACAAGUCCGAAGUCCUGCUCGCUGCAGAGACCUUCGCCGACAUCCUCGCAUGCUAUGGCGCCGACAACGUCAACCCCAACCCCAUCAAGAUGAUCACCGCUGCCCCCGAGGUCGGCAAUAUGAUGGCUCAGAUCCCUGAGAUCGCCAAGCGCGGCAUCAUCUACUCCAUCGGCCAUUCCGAUGCAACCUACGAGCAGGCCGUCACAGCCACCCACCAAGGCGCCCGCAUGAUCACCCACCUGUUCAACGCCAUGCGACCCUUUUACCACCGCAACCCCGGUAUUUUCGGUCUGCUCGGCCAGAGUGAGCGCCGGAGACCCUUCUACGGAGUCAUCGCAGACGGCAUUCACCUGCACCCUACUAGCAUCAAGAUCGCCUACAACGCCCACCCGGAAGGUCUGGUCCUGGUCACCGAUGCCAUGCGUCUCUGUGGUCUGCCAGACGGGGUCUAUGACUGGACGAACGGAGAGAGAAUCGUCAAGACGGGUGCGCGAUUGACGUUGGAGGGAUCAGAUAAGAUCGCCGGGUCGUCGGCCACGCUGAUCGAGUGCGUGAACAACUUCCGGCGCUGGUCGGGGGCUUCCACCGCGGCGGCGAUCAAUGCGGUCACUGCAGUGCCGGCGAGAUUGCUGGGCCUGGAGGGUGUCAAGGGCUCACUGGAGAGCGGGGCGGAUGCCGAUUUGGUCAUUCUGGGCGAGUGCGAGGAUCCCUUCUCGGGUCCUACCUUGACGGUGGAUCAGGUGUGGAAGUUUGGUGCUAAGAUCCAUGAUACCGACAAGAUCGUUUGA